AUGUCUGAAGAUUUUAGUCGAGACCCAUCACUAUCGCCCACCCAAAUAAGAACUCAAGUUCUAGCUCAGAUUGCUUGCUUUUUAGAGUCAAUGGGUGCAUUUUUUAUAGAUAGUCCUGGAGGAACAGGUAAAUCGUUUCUUUAUAGAGCUUUAUUAGCAGAUAUUAGAUCAAAAGGAUAUAUAGGUUUAGCAACAGCUACUUCGGGUAUUGCCGCUUCUAUCUUACCAGGUGACUUUGCUGGCAAAGAAGUUUUUAUACAUAGAAUACCAUUAGAGCCACCAAGUGAUCAGCAAUAUCCAGUGCCUUAUGUUAGAACACAAUUUCCUGUACGAUUGUCGUUUGCAAUGACGAUCAACAAAGCGCAAGGGCAAACUUUAGAUUCAGUCAGUAUUUAUUUGAAAGAACCAGUUUUCUCUCAUGGUCAAUUAUAUGUUGCUCUAUCACGAGCAAGAUUGUCAUCUAAUGUUACAGUUCUUAUUAAACCACCUUAUUUUGACAAGAAAAAGGGAACAAUUGUAUCUGCAACUGUUUAUGGAUCCGCUCAAAUUCAGUUCUGGGAUGAACGCAUCAUACAGUAUAAAAGAUACUAUGUUUCUGGGGCAACUGUGCAGCAAGCAAAUCCUUUAUAUCAAAUCAGUGACUAUGGUUUCACUUGGACAAUACAAAAAGGCACAUUGAUUGAAGAAUAUCCUGAAAAAUUACCUCCACAGCUCCCGUGCAAAAUACACCUCCAGGAGUACAGCAAACUGAGCAUGUUUGCAGAGACAAAAACUUUACAAAAUGUCAUGGGUGUUGUUGUUCAUGUGUUGCCGCAAAAAGAUGCUUCUUCAACUUCAAACACAAAAAAUCUUGUCAUCGUCAAUGCAGUAAACAGGCCUAUGAUUUUUACAUUGUGGGGCGAAUUUGCAAAAGAAGAAGGUCAACAAUUAGCAAGCACAUUGGCUACUGGCAACAUUAUUGUUGCAACAAGGGUCAGGGUAACAACUUUCAACUUGCUAUCACUAACAACAACUCACUUGAGCACAAUAAUGAUAAAUCCUCCCAUGGCAGAAAGUGUCUCUCUCAAGCAAUGGUACAUUGACCACAAAGAAGAAGUGAACCAUCAGCUGGAACUCAAAGUGUAUGAAAACCCUGAGUUUCUCUUACCACCACCAAACGAAUCACAAAUUAUCUCUGUCCACUCAGCUUUAAAAAAUUUGCAGACUGCUGUUCUUGCAUUUGGACAAACAUCUUACUGGUUCACAGCUUGCCACAAUUGCAAAAAAGGUUUGCGCGCUCAAAUCGGAUGGAUAGUGACAUGUCCUCAUUGCAAGGCAGAAGGACCAGUAGAACCUAGGUCUAGAUUUACUUUGGGCAUUGAAGACAACACUGGUCUCAUACAAGCUGUUAUCAGUGGUCCAGAAGCUGACCAACUACUUCCAAUGACCGCAGCCCAAAUGAGUCUCAACAAAAACCAGACGGGAUAUGACCCCCACAGGGUAAACCACAAGAGCACUAAAACACACAAAAGGCAAUACAAAGACCCCCACAGGGUAAUCCCCGAGUGUCGGGCCCCCACGGGAACGGUUCCAGCCAGCGAUGAUAGAUCGACUCUGGGAAGAAGAUUCCAAGCCAGAGAAAACACUACCGAAAUUGCACAAAUGCCUAUACACCCCCACACCCACCCGGCCCGUCUAACACCACUAGCCGAGCCCAGGGUCCCCCGCCGCCUAACACCACUAGCCGAAAUAGGGGAAGGUGGGGGUGGUUCGGAGCAGCUCACACCAACUGCACACAAAGUUCUUGCCUCAAUACUUAAUACACCAUCACCAAUUACCCUUGACAAACAAAACAAACAAGGAGCAAAAAGAUCCAUCAACUUUGAUCUCCAAACAAAUGAACCAACUGAUGCAGACCAAGUAGAAGCAGAUCAUCCAGAAGGACCAACGCUACGUUUUGGAAGACCGAUAACAGCUUAA